UAGUACAAAGUUCAGUGACCAAGUGGUGCAAGAAGCUUCAACAAGAGGAAAGCGUGUGCGCUGUCACUGAGAUUCAGUGGUCGAAACAACUCGGAGCAGCAUUUCAGAAGCAGAACGAAAACCGUAAGGAUUAUUUUCAAACACGGUCAGGACAACAACUGGUUGAGGUGUUCUUGGAUGGAUUAUGCGAUGAAGUCCCUCAGCCUACUGACUCCAUCUGGCCUCUCUAAGUGUGUAACAGCCAGUGUGUCAGCCAGCAGCUCCAUGACCCAGAAGAUCCUAUCGGGUCGCACUUCUCGGCCGAAGCCCUUCAGAGUCACAAACGUGGACCGCAGCGUGAAGAAAGGCAUUAUGGCCGACGUACUGGUAGACCUGAUAAACAAGGUCAGCGACUCGAUGAGUUUAGAGGGCGCCAGUGCGUUGGUGCUGGAUGAAGAUGGCACUAGUGUGGACACUGAGGAUUUCUUCCAGACGCUGCCUGAGAACGCUGUCCUCAUGGUGCUGGAGAAGGGACAGAAGUGGACCCCUCAUGUCAACAGCCCCUCCAGAGAUCGGCCCAGUGAUUGCAAGCAGAAGCCCCGGACAGAUGUGGCCAAGCUGACUUUUGACCUCUACAAGAACAACCCCAAAGAUUUCAUUGGCUGCCUGAAUGUGAAAGCGACCCUGUAUGGUGCUUACACUGUGUCCUAUGACCUGCGCUGCUACGCUGCCAAAAGUGUGCUCAAGGAAGUUCUGCGAUGGACCAUCUUCUCCAUGCAGGCCACAGGCCACAUCCUGCUGGGCUCCUCCUGCUACAUCGAACAGCUGCUGGAGGAGGAGGAGCGAGUGGAGAAGAGCCUGGCGCUGCCUCAGGAAAGCAGGAUCAGGCAGCUGCAGAGCAAGCUGCUGGGAAAGAUCUCCUACUGAUGAUGGACUGAGUGGUGGAGUGGACAUGAUGUCCACUCUUAGAUUAAGGUCACAGUGUAAAUGUCACACAUGAAAUGGGGGGUCUAUGACUGUUUAUGCCACAGUUUCCAGUGGAGUUUGGCAACAUAUCAGAGUCUCUCUCACAGUCACUUUAUUUGCUCUGUUACAUUUUUUGCCUCAUAUGGACACAGAAGCCAACGCAACAAGUUAUUCCUUAGAAAGCAUUUUUGCUCAUUUCUGUGUAUUCUCUCUUUCUUAUGGAGACGUAAUAAAUAAAAGCAACACUUUUUAUUUUUCCUUUCCUAAAUAUCCAAUUGUGUCUGCAAUGCAUACAGUAGAUGGACAAGUAAGUUUAGAUGUGCAGUGUGAGCCCAUUAAGCUGGCUGUGUGCGUGUGCGUGUGCGUGCAUGGUUCCUGAUCACAGUCAGUGUAAUUGGCAACAGGUCCAGCUGUCUCUCCCACACUUCCCUAAUUGCCCCCUGGUCUGCACUGUCCUGUCAGCUGCAGCCUGCCUCUGUCUCAGAAAACCAGGGGAAAAGACAGAAGGAACGGGUUAAAGCGAGCAGCUGCAGGGAGCGAAGGGACGGAAGCGAACCAUUAUGCAGAGAUAUAAGCAAGAGAGAUGAUAGUCUGAGCUGGCGGCAGAAGUGCCACUUUAGCCAUCGUAUCGAGGAAGGUGGCUGCAAAAGCAGGACAGAUUGUAACCAAAUUGGCUGUCUGGUUUAUCCAGAAGAAGAUUAAUGUCAAAGGUAGAGAUUCAGUAGGUCCAGUUUGACUGUGGUCCAUUUUUUAAAAAUCUUGUCAUCCACUGUUUUUUCUUUUUGUCUUGGUUUUCUGUCGACAUACAAUAUGAGUGGAAGACACAGAAACUCAGCCUGCUCAUUUCCGUUUCAGUCCAUGUUUUCAUGAAAUACAAUAAACACUCCACAUAUCAGCUGCUGUGUUCGCUAAUAUGUUGAAGGAUGUAAUGCCUCAUUUAAAUUACAUCUCUUUUGAAUUUGUGCACUGCACUUGCACACCCACAUGCAAACACAAUGUGAUGCAAAAAAUGAACACUGGCCAUGUUCUAUUUAUUUGCACUGAAGUGAGUCAUGAGGUGUGCGCUGACUGUCUGUUGUGCUUUAAUCCACAUUUGUUGAGGUUCAUAAUGUACUGUAAAUGGGCUCAUUCAAGUGUUUUGUAGCCAUAUAAUUAUCUGUAUGUCAUUUAGAUGGAUUUUCUGCUGUAUCUGCUCUUUGUCAGUCUGUUGAUCAUGUCUCUGAGAGUGGUUUGAUUUUUCUUUUCAGUCACAUGCAGUGUGCAGAUGCUUCAGUAAUAAUAGCAGUCAUGCUGCACUAAUUCUUGAUUACAAAAUUAGAGUUGUAUUGUUUACUCUGUGGUCAUUUGGAGGCACGAUCUCUGAUCCAAAAGUAGAUAAAUGGCUCACCACACCUCAAACAAGAACAAAACAAGAACAUUGUGUACAUUAGACCACACUAUUUCCUCUGCCAAAUUAAUUCGCAGGUAUUUCUUUAAAAGAGGGCCUAAUAGAAGACUUAAAAAAAAACAGAUAAUCAUUUGAGAAUCAUGCAAAAGGUAACUUUUUCUUUGUACCUUCUAAACCCCAACUCCACAGAGAAUUUUAUUGGAUUUUUUUGGAAUAUUUCUUUUGUGAUAUGUGGUAACAUCAAGAAAAAGUAACCAAAUCUAAGCAUAAGAAUUAUGAUGUUUUAGCAAAAAUAUUUUAUCCUACAUGUCUCCUUUGAUGAUUUACCAAAAAAAGAGAAAGAAAAAUAAAGCAUUUCCACCA